AUGGCAGACACCACGAACUCCGACAUUGCAUACCUUCUAAGCCUUCAGGCUGUCCGUGAGCGGGCUCAGCUGGUCCUGCAAGCUGCAAAAGAGGGGUCUCUGAACAGCUUCGAGUACCAUGAAGAUCGACUGCCAGCCGUGGCGGACUUCGUCAUAGGGAUUAUCAACCGAGAUUUCGGACCUGACAGGUUCUCGGAGAUCCCUCCUCAUGGCCGCUGGCAGCAUUUCGACGUCGGCGGAGUGGCCCGCGUCGCACCGCUGCUGGAGAAAUGGGAGUCCGAAGGUGCUGACAAGCUUGAGCGGACUCGUCGCCUGAUCGACCUGUUCUUCGUGUCCGUACUGGUGGACGCCGGUGCCGGUGACGUGUGGAAGUUUACCGAGCCCGGAACCGGCCUGGUGUAUGGUCGGAGCGAGGGUACCGCUAUUGCAUCACUCCAUAUGUUCACCUCUGGGGUCUUCAGCGGCCCCGGUGCAGCCGCCCACAGCGUCAAUGCUGUCGCGAUGCAGUCUCUCAAGGACGAUGUCUUCAGUCAUCAUUUCCAGACAAGCUCCGAGAACCCAAUGGUCGGUGUAUCCUCGCGCGUUGAUCUUCUAAACAAGGUCGGAACCUCGCUUUUGAAGCUUCCUGAGAUAUUUGGGCCAGAGGGGAGACCUGGCAGCAUGGUUGAUUACUUGACGAAAACGGCGAAGGAUGCCAACACACUCGACUACGAAUCGCUGUGGUCGGUCCUUCAGAAGGUCUUGAUUCCAUCCUGGCCAAAGAACCGUCCUUCUGUCGCAGGCAACCCUAUUGGAGAUGCCUGGCCACUGAAGGUCCUCGCCGACAAAGCUAAGAAAGAUGGUAACGAGAAAGAAGUAGCUACUAUUGUGCCUUUCCAUAAGCUCACGCAAUGGCUCGGAUAUUCGCUUACCAUACCAUUCGUUCGCGUGCUCGGUUUCAAAGUAGUGAACGGCAACCUGGGAACGGGGCUUCCCGAAUACCGCAAUGGAGGACUGUUCUACGAUCUGGGUGCCCUCACGUUGAAGCCCGAGGUUCUCAAAGUAGGCCAGCAAGCAUCGGGUCAUGACGUCCCCCUAUUCCCGGCUACCGGGGACACCAUCGUGGAGUGGCGAGCCAUGACGGUAGCGCUGCUGGACGAACUACACAAACUGGUAUCUGCGCACUUUGAGAAGCAAGGAGUCACACUUACGAUUGCCCAGAUGCUGGAGGCAGGUACUUGGCUGGGCGGUCGGGAGCUGGCCGCCAAGCUUCGACCAGAUACCAAGUCUAGCCCUUUACCUAUCGACGGGGAUGGAACGCUGUUCUAG